AUGCACAACUUGAACCUCACAACAAGUCGAGAGACACUUGAUCUGGCUGGAGACCUCGAUUUAGAAGGCCAAGCGCGUCGUUCAGCCACCUUGAUCGAAGAAAGCGCGUUUUCGUCCAAGGAUACGACAGAAAAGGGCAAAGUAGAGGACCUAAACCCACGGUUACCGGCAACGCUGGCGGCAGAUGAUCCCGAAAACCCUCGAAAUUGGAGCAGUCUACGCAAAAUUACCGUCAAUUCCAUCUUAUGCACUUGGGUUCUCACCCUGACAUACUCCUCGACUGCCUACGUCGCUAGUAUCCCCGCUCUCAUAAACCGCUUUGGCAUCUCUGAAGAAGUCGCGUUGAUUGGCGUCACUUUCACCGUACUCGGUUUUGCUGCUGGUCCCCUUCUUUUCGGACCCGCCUCCGAAAUAUAUGGCCGACAGGCCGUUUAUAGGUUAUGUGCUGUUGGCUAUAGCGGUUUCAGCUUUGGUAUGGCCUUCUCCUCGAAUGCAGCUAGCCUUCUCGUCUUCCGCUUCUUCGUUGGGUUCUUUGGAUCUGCGUCCAUAAAUAAUUGCCCAGCGAGUAUCGGCGACAUCACUAAUACCCAGCAAAGGUUGACAUACACAACUUUUUACGCUCUUAUGGCGUUCGGCGGGCCCUCAUUGGGACCGCUAGUGUCGGCUUUCAUUCAGCACAACGCAGGUUUCCGAUGGAAUCUGCUUGUCAUGGCCAUCUUCUCUUGCGUCAUCAGUAUCCUGGUCGCUCUUGUCCCGGAAACCCAUGGACCGACACUUCUACAAUGGCGAGAACAACGACGACUAGGAUCCUCUUCGCCACGUAUCCCGUUCAGAGCUCAAAUAACCCUGUUCAAACGUGCCCUUGCUCGGCCCAUCAUCUACCUCUUCACAGAACCCGUGGUCGCACUGGUUUCUAUUUACCUCAGCACAUUAUAUGGCAUCCUCUACGGCUUCUUCGAAGCAUUUGGCAUUGUCUACCGGGACAUACGAGGAUUUUCGGCGACACAGUACGGGUUGACAUAUAUUGCUCUUGGCCUUGGAUUUUGUUGUGGUUGCGUUCUGUUAUGGACGGCUGGUCAAUCGCUAUAUGAACGAAGUGCACGCAAGGAUCUAGCUCGUGGAGAACUUGUCCGCCCUGAAGCGAGGCUCUCGUUGGGGUAUUAUGGCGCCAUCGUCAGUCCGAUUUCUCUGUUUAUCUUCGCAUGGACUGCGCCAUUCAAGCACGUUCACUGGAUAGCUCCCUGCAUUGCCGAGUUCCUCUUCUCCUGCAGCAUGCUCCUCAUAUUCACCGGAUUUGUCCCAUUUCUCGUCGACUGCUACACACUCACUGCUGCGAGUGCUCUCGCAGCUGGGAUGGCCAGUCGUGCUCUCGUUGGGAGCGUCUUCCCGUUGUUCGCCCUUCAAAUGUAUCGAGGGAUGACAGUGCAAGGCGCAACAUGCUUGCUGGCCGGUUUGGCCAGUCUACUUGCGCCAAUUCCGUUUAUAUUUCUGCGCUGGGGCACGACAUUGAGGGCCAAGAGUAGACAUAUGCAUCCGUCAUGA